GGCGCCCUGCCGGACGGGAAUGCUUUGAGGACCUGGAGUCUCGUGGCGACAUGUCUCUGCUGGGAGCGUGUGCCCUCGCGAGGCGCCUGUCCGGGCGCGUGCCGCUGCAGAGUCGCGCCGGAGGUGCGCUGCAGUGUCCGGUGCGCGCGGCGGCGCGCGGAGACGUCCGCCCGGAGCGCGCGGCAGAGAUGCCUCGGACAGUGUUUCGGAGGAAUUAUUCGCCACUGAUCCCCAAAAAGGAGGAUGACAGGAUGAGAGUCUGGAAGCAGCAUCAGCUGUUGGACGUGCUGGAAGCCCGGAUCCAGCAGCUGCAGUCCGAUGGCAUUCUGGACGUCAAGCAGGCUGAAGUGCAGCUUCUCAAAGUUCCCCAAGGUGUCGAAGGGUGUUCGGCCACCAAGGGUGUGAAAAAGGUACCCAAAUGUGCGGCGGACGCGGCAAAGGAGGGGGAGGCUGUCGACGUAGCGCUACUGAAGACCUACCCCAGCCGCUGGAUAGAGAAGCUGAAGAAGGAGAAGAACAGGAUGGGCAAAAAAGUCCAUGUGCAGCAGAACGCCCCCCAAAACCCAGCAACGAUUGCAGCAGAGCCAGAGAGCUUGAAACGCCCAAGCACCACUUUUAAAACUAUUUCAAAGAGCAAAAAAAGCAAGGUGGUGAAAAAGCCAGCCCAUCCGAGGCCCGUCGCGCCACCUUCGAAAGGCGCCCAGGAGAAGGUGCCUGACGAGGUGCCUGCUCUUUCUGUGAAUGUGCUGAAGGACUUUGAGCUGGAGGAAAGCACCCCCAAGCCACCUCUCGGGGUGGGGAAGGACAGCCGCUGCGGCGACACCCAGCUGAAUCUGUGCUGCUACCUGGAGGCCUGCGUGGCUUCGGGCAACGUGGAUCGUGCCCAGCGCUGUCUGUUCUACCACCAUCGCCACAUCCUGCGGCGCAAGCUGCUCUCCAUCAGCGCCUACAACACUAUGAUGAGGUUGUGGGCCAAGAAGGGCUCCCUGAGCCAGAUUGGCCGUCUCUUUGUCAUGGUGGAGGAAGCUGGUCUGAAGUCCAACCUCAGGACCUACCAAGCUGCGCUGGAAUGCAUGGGUCGCAACCAAAGCUGCUCACCACGCGUCAUCGCCAGGUGUCUGCAGCAGCUGAAGAAGGAUGGCUUCUCCUUGGAUGACCUGUUCAGGCAGUGCGCCUUCCGGCAGGACGAGCGGGAAAUGGUGCUCAAGGCCGUCCAGACGGUGGAGCCAGGCUUCCAGCCCAGCACGGAUGUGGCUCACCGCAUCUGCUCCUCACCGCUGGUGCAGGACUUCUACAGCCAGAGGGAUGAGGUUCGGUUCCCAAAGCUGGACUUCAGCCUUGCAGAGCUGCAGGAGAGGUUUGGCCAUCAGCUCAGGAUGGAACAGGCCACCACCAUCACCAUUGACUCCGUGGAAGCCUCCAAGUCCAUCACUGACCACCAGGCCAAGAUGAGGGAGCUGCUGGAGGGAGUGCGCUCAAGGUGGCAGAAGGACCUUCUACAAGCUCUCAAGGACAGCAAGGUGAUCCUGGCCCACAGUGGCAAAAAGAGUGGGAAGAUGAACCUGUACCCUUACCUGUGUCUGCUGGAUGACCAGGAGUACGUGGACAUCAUGCUGCAGGGCCUGUCUGAAGUGCCGCCCAACGGAGAAACCUUGAUAAUGUUCGCCAGCACCCUGGGCCACAAGGUCUACAACAAGUACAUCAUCCAGCAGAAGAGCCGCAGCCAGAUGGUGGGAAAGCUCCAGAACAUCUAUGACAGAUACGCAGAGCUGCUGGCCAAGCACAGCGAGAAAUGUGACGUGUUGCCUCGAGAGCACUGGGUGCAGCUGGAGGCAGAAAUGAUGAAUUGUGGGCCAUCCCUCACCAGUGAUGACACUCUGUGGCCCCAGAGCCUCAUGAUCCUUUUGGGAACUCACUUGGUGGACCUCAUGGUGCAGGAGCUGAAGUUGUUCAGCAACAUUCUGAACCCGGGCGAGGCAAAGAAGUUGAUCCCUGUGCUGUACCACAUGUACACCUUCCGCAGCAACCGACAGGUUGGAUUCAUCAAGCCCCACCCUAUUUUGAUUCAGCUGCUAUCAGAGGCUGUGGAGAGCAAGCUGAGCUUUGAAUCAUACGUCAUACCCAUGCUCUGCCCCCCUGUGCCCUGGACUUCACCAAAAUUUGGGGCUUACCUGUUGUCUCCCACCAAGCUUAUGCGUGCAGAGGACGGGGCCGUCCAGCACCAGCUCCUCUUGGAGAGGUGCCGUAACGAGGACCUUCACGCCGUGCUGGACUCCCUCAACCAGCUGGGCAACUGUGCCUGGCAGAUCAACAAGCCCCUGCUGGACAUAAUCAUCUCUAUCUUCAACGACAAGGGCAACGAGAAAAUGAAGAUACCACCACCGAUGUCGGAAGCUCCGGAGAUACCUCGCUUGAGCUUCCACUCGGAUCCGUUGUGCUCCUCAUCUGAGCAGGCUCAACUGAAACGCGACAUGCUCAAGGCCAAGAAGAAGGUGGCUGAGAUGCACAGCCUCCGAAUGUCGGCCCUAUAUGCAUUGUCCAUUGCCAACCACAUGCGCGACAAGGUCUUCUGGUUCCCUCACAACAUGGACUUCCGCGGGCGCACCUACCCCUGCCCGCCAUACUUCAAUCACUUGGGUAGCGAUGUGGCACGAGCAAUUCUGAUGUUUGCAGAGGGCAAACCACUGGGACCUCAUGGACUAGAUUGGCUCAAAAUCCACCUGGUGAACCUCACAGGUCUGAAAAAGCGUAGCUCUCUAGCCGUCAGGCUGGAAUAUGCUAACAGCAUCAUGGAGGACAUCCUGGACUCGGCUGACCGACCUCUGACUGGGAAAAAAUGGUGGAUGAACGUAGAUGAACCCUGGCAAGCUCUUGCCUGCUGCAUGGAGAUAGCGAAGGCCUCACGUUCCCCUGACCACACACGGUUCAUCUCUCACUUCCCCGUGCAUCAGGACGGCUCCUGCAAUGGGCUGCAGCAUUAUGCAGCCCUGGGCCGCGAUGUCAUUGGCGCCACCUCUGUCAACCUCAUGCCAUGUGACGAGCCACAGGACGUCUACAGUGUAGUGGCACAACAGGUGGAGGAGUUCCGUGCUUGUGACGCUGAGAAAGGGGAGAAGAUCGCCCAGGUCCUGCAAGGCUUCAUUAAUCGGAAGGUGGUGAAGCAGACUGUGAUGACUGUUGUCUAUGGGGUGACACGCUACGGGGGGCGACUACAGAUCGAGAAGCGGCUGAAAGAGACUGAAGAAUUCCCCAUGGAAUAUGUGUGGGAGGCCUCACACUACCUGGUGAAUCAGGUCUUCAACAGCUUGAAGGAGAUGUUCACCGGGACCAGGGAGAUCCAGGACUGGCUGACGGAAAGCGCCAGGCUCAUCGCCAAGUCUGGGAACACAGUGGAGUGGGUGACGCCUUUGGGCCUGCCAGUCAUUCAGCCCUACCACCGUGGCAAGAAAGUCCUGCUCAAGAGUAAUAUGCAGUCAGUGCAUAUCCAAGUCAACCAUGACUUCAGAGAACGGCCAGACACCAUGAAGCAGAAAAACGCCUUCCCUCCCAACUUCAUCCACUCCCUGGACUCCACACACAUGAUGCUGACCGCGCUGUACUGCUACAGGGCCGGCCUCACGUUCGUCUCUGUCCACGACUGCUUCUGGACACACGCUGUCACCGUGGAUACCAUGAACAGGAUUUGUCGGGAGCAGUUUGUAGCCCUCCACAGCCAGCCGAUCCUACAGCAGCUGUCCCGCUUCCUGGUGUGGAGAUACAGCACCGAACCACCAAGUGAAAACAAGAAGUUUUCAGAGCACCAGAAGAUGUUACAGCUGCUGUCACAGGUUCCCCAUACAGGGGAUUUUGAUCUUGAGAGAGUGAAGGAAUCAACAUAUUUCUUCAGCUGAGACAGUCUGAUGAAGUCACGAGCACUGCCUGGGACUGAAGCAGCAGGACUUGUCGGUGUGAGAUGUCAAUACGGUUAAUAGGAAUACCUGCGUCUUGUUGGGCCGGACCUGGGUUUCAUCCACUCACGCUACAGUUAUUCAACUUGUGUGAAUUGUCCAGCGCUGUGCCUGAGGGCUAAAUAUCUAACCCCUGGAAUGGACACUCUCGUUACUUGGAAUUUACCCCGUUGUACUGAAGAUGCCUUUCUUGCCAUGCUUGCGUUCACUUACUGUACAGGUAAGUUCACAUGCAUCUGGACAGUAUGUGCACGUGUGUGCCUCUCUCAGUAUAUGUGGGUGUGUCUGCAGGUACCUGCUUGCACACGUGUGUUCUGGCUGGCUGUCGGUCACACCUAGGACAGUGGUAACUGCAGAGCGGCAGUACGGUACAUGAUGCUUUACAAAGCACUGUUCUCCGUGUUAGUAGCCCAGGACAGGAGGCUCUCAGCCGUCCACAGCUGACCAAAAGACUUGGCUUACUUCACAACUUUCCUGAUGGAGUAGGUUCCCUGCUCACAGGCUAUGGGGGAGAAAGCUGCUACCACUCAUCUGAAUGUGAAACAUCUUGUACAAUUAUUUAGUUGUUCCUCUGAAUAUGAGCAAUAUUAUGAAUAAAUAUUUUGAUUUAA